UGCAGGCUGGAGCUCCAGGCUCUGGAGCAGGACUAGGAACAUGAGGUCGGUCCCUGGAGCUGUCCUCGGGGCGCUCGUCCUUCUGUCUCUGCAGAGCUGGGGUUCGGCCACAGCAGGAGACACAGAUGGCUGUGACCAGCCGCUGGCGUCCACACUGCCUGCCUCCUCCUUCAGCGGCUCCUCCGAGCUGUCACGCAGCCACAGCCCCGAGUUUGCGAGACUGAACCGCAGAGACGGAGCUGGGGGCUGGACACCACGCGUGUCAAGCAGGGGCCAGUGGCUGCAGCUCGACCUCGGGGACAGGGUGUCGGUCACCGCGGUGGCCACGCAGGGCGGGUACGGGAGCUCCGACUGGGUGACCGGCUACCUCCUGAUGUUCAGCGACAGCAGCAGGAACUGGAAGGUGUACCGGCGCGAGGAGAGCAUCGCGGGCUUUCCAGGGAACACCAACGCAGACAGUGUGGUGCGCCACCAGCUGCAGCCGCCCGUGGAGGCCAGAUACCUGCGCUUCCUCCCCUCCGCCUGGAACCCCGAUGGCCGCAUCGGGAUGCGCGUGGAGGUGUACGGAUGCCCAUUCCGAUCAGAGGUGAUUGACUUUGAUGGAAAAAGUUCCCUGCUUUACAGAUUUGUUCAAAGUACCAGGAGUCCAGCGAAAGACAUCAUUUCUUUGAAAUUUAAAACCAUGCAGAGUUAUGGGCUUCUAUUCCACAGACGGGGCAGAAAUGGAGAUUGCAUCACCCUGGAAUUAGUGAAAGGGAGGCUCCUUCUGUUCUUCAAUUCAGGCACCACCGCACCCUCCCCGUCCGGCCCCGGGGUUGUGGCGCUGGGCAGUCUGCUGGACGACCAGCACUGGCACUCGGUGCUCUUUGAGCAUGCCCACCAGCAUGUGACCCUCUCAGUGGACCAGCACUCGAGGCAGUUCCAGGCACGGGCACAGCUGAGUCACUUGGACCUGGAUCCUGAGAUCAGUUUUGGAGGGAUUUUAGCACCUGGAAAAUCUGUGACAUUGCAAAGAAAACACUUUGACGGAUGUUUAGAAAAUAUUAAUUUUAAUGGAGAGGAUAUCAUUGAUUUGGCCAAGAAGCACAGACCACAGAUUCUCAUCAGGGGCAACGCCUCCUUCUCCUGCUCCGAGCCGCAGCCCGUGCCGGUCACCUUUCCGAGCGCUGGGAGCCACUUGGUGCUGCCGGGUACCGCGGCACAGGACGGGGUCUCCAUCAGCUUCCAAUUCCGGACGUGGAACCAGGCAGGGCUCCUGCUGUCCAGCUGGCCGCCUCGUGGCUCCACGGGCUUUCUGCUCACGCUCAGAGAUGGAGCCCUCAGACUGGGGCUGUCCCCACCUCCGGGACAAGCGAGGAGUGACAUCACUGCAGGUGCUGGACUUAAUGAUGGGCAGUGGCAUUCGGUCUCCCUGACAGCCCAGAGGAACCAGCUAAGUGUGGUGGUGGACCAGGCCGGGGCCUCAGUGGUUCACGCAGAGCUGCCUCUGGAGACCCACACAGGCAGUGCCUAUCACUUUGGAGGGUGCCUCCCUCCCAGCUCCGGGUCUGAAUGCAAGGCCUCGCCUGCUGGAUUCCAGGGGUGUCUGAGGCUCAUCUCCAUUAAUGCCCAAGAGGUGGACCUGAUUUCAGUACAGCGGGGAGUGUUUGGGAACUUCAGCGGCCUGGACAUCGACUCCUGCGGCAUUCUGGACAGGUGCUUGCCCAACCACUGUGAGCACGGUGGCAGGUGCUCCCAGACCUGGACAGCCUUCUACUGCAACUGCACCAGCACGGGGUACACGGGCGCCACGUGCCACCACCCCCUCUACGAGCAGUCCUGCGAGGCAUAUAAGCACAGGGGCAAGUCCUCAGGGAGAUACUACAUCGACCCUGAUGGCAGCGGACCCCUGCAGCCCUUCCCCGCGUUCUGCAACAUGACAGACAUCCCGUGGACCGUCAUGCAGCACAAUGGCUCAGGCCUCACCAGGGUCAAGGGCGCAGACCAGGAGAACCUGCACCGGGCGGUGUUCCAGUACGAGGCCAGCCUGGAGCACCUGCUGGCCGCCAUCGCCCGCGCCGGGCAUUGCCAGCAGCAGCUGGAGUUCCACUGCAGGAGGUCUCGGCUCCGGGACUCACGAGAUGGAACCCCUCUGAGCUGGUGGGUUGGAAGCACCCAUGAGAUACGCACUUACUGGGCAGGUUCCGUGCCCGAGGCCCAGAUGUGUGCUUGCGGAUUAGCGGGGAACUGCGUUGACUCCCAGUACCACUGCAACUGCUACGCGGACCAGGAUGAAUGGACCAACGACACAGGUGUGCUGUCCUAUAAAGAGCACCUGCCCGUGACACGCAUCGUGGUCACAGACACAGCCCGCCCGAGCUCUGCUGUAGCCUACAAACUGGGGCCUCUGCUGUGCCAAGGGGACCGAUCCUUCUGGAACUCCGCUUCCUUCCACACAGAAACUUCAUACCUUCACUUCCCCACUUUACAUGCAGAGCUCAGCGCCGACGUGUCCUUCUUUUUCAAGACGAGAGCUUCAUCUGGGGUGUUCUUAGAGAACCUGGGGAUCACAGACUUCAUCAGCCUGGAGCUACGUUCCCCAGUGGAAGUGGCCUUUUCCUUCGAUGUGGGGAACGGGCCCUGCGAGGUCACAGUGCAGUCGCCCGCCCCCCUCAAUGACGACCGGUGGCACCUCGUCCGGGCUGAAAGGAACGCAAAGGAGGCCUGGCUACAGGUGGACCUGCUCCCGCCCGGGACACAUGCAGCCCCUGAGGAUGGGCACGUGCGCCUGCAGCUCAACAGCCAGCUAUUUGUGGGAGGCACGGCCACCAAACAGAGAGGCUUCCAGGGGUGCAUCCGGUCCUUGCAGCUGAAUGGGAAGGCGCUGGACCUGGAGGAGAGGGCACAGGUCACGCCGGGGGUGGAGCCCGGCUGUCCGGGCCAUUGCAGCACCUACGGGAGUCUGUGCCACCACGGAGGGCGCUGCCAGGAGAGGCCCCGGGGGUUCUCCUGUGACUGCGAGCUCUCCGCUUUCUCAGGGCCCUUCUGCACACAGGAGAUUUCUGCACACUUUGGAGCUGGGUCCUCAGUGACUUACAAUUUUCAUGAAUUUUAUCCGUUAAGUACAAACUCCAGCCCCCAUGCUGCUUCAUUUCAUGGGGACAUGGUUUUAGCUAGAGAGAUGAUCACAUUCAGUUUCCAAACACUGCAAACCCCGAGCUUGCUGCUCUACGUGGACUCCUUCUACAAUGAAUACCUCUCUGUUAUCCUGGCCAAAAAUGGUAGUUUGCAGAUUAGGUACAAGUUAGAUCUACAUCAGGAUCCUGAUGUCUUUAACUUUAACUUCAAGAAUAUGGCAGAUGGGCACCUUCACCACAUGAAGAUCAACAGAGAGGAAGGAGUGGUCUUCGUAGAGGUGGACCAGAAAGCCCGGAGCCAAGUGAGCCUGUCGUCUGGCACAGAAUUCAACGCUGUCAAAUCCCUCGUGCUGGGCAAGAUCUUAGAGCCCGGCGGCCACGUGGAUGAAGACACCAAGCAGGCUGGCGCUCGAGGCUUCUCCGGCUGCCUCUCCGCCCUGCAGUUCGAGCGCGCGGCCCCGCUGAAGGCUGCGCUGCAUCCCGGGCGCUCCGGGCGCGCCUCGGUGCGGGGGCCGGUGGCCUCGUCGGAAUGUGGGGCCGGCCCAGGAGGCGGCGCGGCGCGAGAGCGGACGCACGCAAGAGCAGAACGUCCUGGAGUGGUGGAGGAGGGGAGACCCAUGGCUGGCGAGACCCACGGACACUCGGCACUGAUUGGAGGCGUGGUAGCCGUGGCCAUAUUCGUCCUGCUCUGCGUCACUGCUGUGGCCAUCUGCCUGUACCGGCAGAGGAGCUCGUACCCAACCACGGAGCUGGACGGACCCGGGAAGCAGGGCAGCUCCGUGGCCGUGCCCAGAUGUGAGCUUGGCGGGCCAGACGCCGUGGGUGGGGACCAGCAGGCGGGCUUCUGAGUGGGAGCCGGGCUGAGUGAGCUCUCCCUUGAUCCGAUGUCCUCACUGAGACCUCAACGGCCACAAGUCACCUUGAACCACGCAGGGCACCAGGCCGACUCUCGGGGUCCUCAGAGGCCUUGUCCCACGGAUGACUCCUCAGCCCCCAUUUGCGUCACUGCGCUUACGUCUCCACGAUUCCAGUACCGUCUCGUCCGUGUUGGUUCUGAUGCCAUCGUGUUUGGUGGACUGGAGUCAGCUGCCUAGCGCCUGCGGCUUUAAAAGGGAAGCUUGCUUGGGCGGUGGGGAGGCCUGGCCUUGCUGCGCGUGAAGCUGUGCUCUGCGACCGGUGCCAACUUCAGUGAACUGAAUAGGCUUCUGCCCGUGCUCGCUGAAUACUCACGUCUGCCGUGAGCCGUAGCCACGUGGCCCAAACCAUACAGCCUUUCUGCCUUUGUCUUUGCUGGUCUGGUUGGCGCAAAGCACCGUUCCCUAGAGAGACUCUCAUUUGUGUUCUCCUGUUGGGAUGCGCACGGUGAAUGUGGACACGCCUGGCCCUAGCUGCCGUCUGCCAGAGCCAACCGCACGUGUCCCCAGAGGCCCGCACCUGGCAGCGCCCUGACUCAGACGAUCUCAUAGACUUUUUUUAAGUUAAAAUGGAAGAGCAGAAAGAACCACAAAUUCUUACUGUUGAAAUGUAUUUUUAAUUGCAUCUGCAAUACCUAAAUGGUGAA